AUGCAGACAGCGAAGAUCCGGGAGGCUCUUGACGAUCAUGAAUUCGUGUUCAUCGAUGGCACUAUAAACACAGUGCCCGCUGAAGGAGUUUCCGCUAUAACCGAUGAAUUCUAUGGACACUUCGAAGAGGAAGUCACUGCCAGCAACAUCCAAGAGCUUGUGCUCAACAUGGUCGAGUUUGUUGAGGCCAAUGGUCCAUUUGAUGCUGUCAUGGGCUUCUCUGAGGGGGGAAUUAUCGCGGCCAUGCUUUUGAUCGAAGACUCGCGACAGUCUUUCGCGGGAUUCAAAUGUGGCAUCUUCUUCAGUGCCGCCCCGCCUCUGGACCCAGAUGUGGUUCGCGGUGGGAUCCUUCGAUGCGUCGAUCCGGACAGGGACGGGAUUCUGAUUCAAGUGCCAACAGCCCACAUUGGUGGGUCAAAUGAGUCCCUUGAACGGCUAAGCGCACUUUCGCCGUUGGCUCCGCUUUGGUCUAAGACUCCGGUACUUCUGCGUGAUGCCCUGGUCCGACUCUGCGACGACGACCAUCGCCAAGUAUUCCUCCAUAGCCGAGGCCACGAUAUCCCUGGAGCGAACUCCCCUAAAGAAUUGUCGGGGGUUCUUCGCGCGAUAGAGCGGACUAUCGACAGUGCCAGUGCCCAUUCCGCCUAG